GUCGGGAUCGUGCAGUACGGAGAGAACGUGACCCACGAGUUCAACCUCAACACCUACUCCUCCACGGAGGACGUGCUCCUCGCUGCCAACAAAAUCGUCCAGAGAGGCGGCCGCCAGACCAUGACCGCCCUCGGGAUCGACACAGCCAGGAAGGAGGCUUUCAUGGAGGCCCGGGGCGCCCGCAGGGGCGUCAAGAAAGUCAUGGUGAUCGUGACGGACGGGGAGUCCCACGACAACCACCGGCUGCCCCAGGUCAUCCAGGACUGCGAGGGCGACGGCAUCCAGCGGUUCUCCAUCGCGAUUCUCGGCAGCUACAACCGCGGGAACCUGAGCACCGAGAAGUUCGUGGAGGAGAUCAAGUCCAUCGCCAGCGCGCCCACCGAGAAGCACUUCUUCAACGUGUCGGACGAGCUGGCCCUGGUCACCAUCGUGGAGGCGCUGGGAGAGAGGAUCUUCGCCCUGGAAGCCACCUCCGACCAGGCCGCGGCCUCCUUUGAGAUGGAAAUGUCGCAGACCGGCUUCAGUGCGCACUACUCCCAGGACUGGGUCAUGCUCGGAGCCGUCGGCGCCUACGACUGGAACGGGACGGUCGUCAUGCAGAAGGGGAAUCAGAUCAUCAUCCCCCAAAACACCACCUUCAAUGUGAAGUCUUCCAAAAAGAACGAGCCCCUGGCCUCCUACUUAGGCUACGCGGUGAACUCGGCCACCGUCCCCGGGGGAGACGUGCUGUACAUCGCGGGCCAGCCCCGCUACAACCACACCGGGCAGGUCAUCGUCUACAGGAUGGAGGGCGGGGACGUCAGGAUCCUGCAGACGCUCCGGGGAGAGCAG